AUGGCACAAGUGGCGUUCAUGCCGUUCGAGGCGUUUCAAACACUGCAGCAGCACUUCACCUUGCACACGCCUGUGCUCAGAGGUAGACCUUUCGCGUUUUCUCUGGACGAACGUGCGAGCAGAGGUACAAAGCAUCAGUUCGCUAACUUUAUGCAGAG